GCGGGCCGAGGGGAUGUGAGGCAGUGUCCGUCCAUCCGUCCAGCCGGUGGGAUGGCCGUGGCCCUGCUGCUGCUGCUGCUGCAGUUGCUGAUGCUGGUGACGGCGGUGGCAGGGGGUGAGGACGCCAAGGUGCUCUGCGCUGAUACCGCCUGCUACACGCUGCACCGGGCCGAGCUGGGAUGGAGCGCUGCCCAAGAGCGCUGCCAGAACGACGGCGGCAACCUGGCUCCAGCAGGCAGCCGGGCUGAGGCCGAGCGACUGGAGCAGCUGCUGGCUGACAGCAUGGCCACCUCGGCCUGGAUUGGGCUGCGGCUGGAGCGUGGCCACUGCGUGCAGUCCCAGGAGCCGCUGCGGGGCUUCUCCUGGGCGGCCAGCGGGGAGCCCAGCAACUACUCAGCCUGGCUGGCUGAGCCCCACGUCACCUGCCUCAGCACCCGCUGCGUCGCCCUGCGGCCCGCCGGCCCCCACGGGCCUCUGGGAUGGGUCGACCGACCGUGCCGGGCCACACUGCCCGCCUUCCUCUGCAAGUUCAGCUUCCGGGGGAUGUGUGGGCCCCUGCGGCUUGGAGGACCCGGCCAGGUCAGCUACGAGACACCCUUCAGGGUGAGCAGCCCCACAUUGGGAGCUGCUCCCUUUGGCACGCUGGCAGAGGUGGUCUGUGAGGGGUCUGUGAGCUCGACCUUCUCUGUCUGCAAGGGGCAGCAGGAAGGGGAUGACUUCACCUGGCAUCCUCCUGGGCCCAUCUGCCCCAACACCUGCACCCACAACAACGGGGGCUGCCAGCAGCUGUGCCUGGAGGAACAACCUGGGAAGCCGUCACUCUGCGCCUGCCAGCCCAACUAUGUGCUGGGCCCCGACAUGGCCUCCUGCCUUCCUGAGGAUCCCUGCCACUCCAACCCCUGCCAGGGGACCUGCCGGCCCCAGCCUGGAGGCUUCGAGUGCAUCUGCGAGGCUGGCUACAUCGUGGCACCUGAUGGCUACCGCUGCGUGGAUGUGGAUGAGUGCCUGGAGGGGCCCUGCAAGCACGAGUGCCACAACACGGCCGGCAGCUUCUUCUGCUCCUGCCAGCCCGGCUACCAGCCAGCAGGGCCUGAUGGCCAUGACUGCCGUGAUGAGGAUGAGUGCGCCCAGCCCAACGCCUGCCCCCAGCUCUGCCUCAACAUCGCCGGCUCCUUCCGCUGCCUCUGCAAGGCUGGCUACCAGCAGCAGCCUGGCAGCGAUGCCUGCCUGGACAUAGACGAGUGCCUGCGGAACCCCUGCCCUGGGCCCUGCCGCAACCUCCCUGGGAGCUUCGAAUGCAUCUGCCUGCCUGGCUUCCUCCCCCAGGAUGACGGACAUGGCUGCCUCACUGCACCCACCACUGGAGAGCAGCUGGCAGGCACCAUGGGGACCACCGCCAUCCUCCAGACUGCCAGCACCGCGUGGACCGUGGGCACCCCCAGCCCUGCAGCCAUUCCCGGUGGGUUGGCACCACCAGCCCCCACGGUGGUGGUGUCAGAGCACAGCCCCGAGCACGGCGCUGAUGGCCCCCGGCUGCUCCUCUACUACAUCCUGGGCAGCCUGGUGGCCAUCCUGCUGCUGCUGGCCUUCGCCCUGGCCCUGCUGGCCUGCAGGAAGAGGGCAUCCAGGCAGGAGAAAACAAAAGCCAAAAGCGCGGCGGACAACUACUGCUGGGUGCCUGAGCAGCCCGAGAGCCGCAGCAGGGCAGGCAGUGAGCGCAGGUAAUGGUGCCUGCGCUGCAGGACCACAAACAAAGAAAAUCCAAAGGGAAGUGGGGUGGGAGAUGUUCUUUCCGAGAUGAUUUUGCAUGCCUUCAUGUCUGAGAACCUGUCUCGGGGCUUUGGGCAAAGCAACAUCCGAUCCCAACCCCAAGGCAGGUGCAAGUGUUGGGUGCGCAGAUAUGAAGGCAGCCCAAAUCAUGCUGGAAGUGUUAGCUGAAAUGCAUAAACCUCUGCUUCCCGAAGUGAAGGGUUAAUGGGGAAGGAGCAGACAGGCCAAGAUGGAAUGGUGUAGGGGUUCCCUGCCUGCAUUGCUCCUCAGCUCUGCAAAACCUCACCUUGUUGGACUUGGAAAUUGCAGCAGAGGAGAAUAUUGAUUUGGCUUCCUAAGAGAAAACGAUUAAUCUCAUCUGUCAUUCGGUCUCCCCUUCUCAGAUUUCAAUUGUGGAGCUUCCAAAGCAGCAAUUUCCCUGCUCCCCCACCACGAAUCCCUUGUCUUUCAAAAAAAAAUAUACAUAUGACUGUGCCCCUCUCCUUACCUACACUGCAUUCUGCAGCCUGCUGUUCAACCCCCAUGUACCCCUUGUUUUCAGUGAAACAGGGUUCACAUCGUGUUUCACUGUGGCAAGAGCCAUUUGCUGCAGCCACGAGCAGCUGGUUUUCAUUGUUGAUGUUUUUGUUGUUGUUGCUUUUUAGAAGAUGUCAUUACAGAGGCCAUAGAAUAAGCAUUUUAGAAGCCCAGCAGAGAAAACUCCGCCAGUGAAGCAGGAGAUGUAGGGGUGGUGGGGCUUCAGGACUGCUUGAUUUAAGCAUGCGUGGGGUCUGGGCUGAAUGUUUUCUCCAUCCAUCCCUAUAAACAAUGCACU